GCACCCUUUAAAAUUAUGGACAGUUCCGAGGAACCCUUUAAAAUUAUGAACAGUCCCGAGGCGCCCUUUAAAAUUAUGGACAGUCCCGAGGCACCCUUUAAAAUUAUGGAGAGUCCUGAGGCACCCUUUAAAAUUAUGGACAGUCUUGAGGCACCCUUUAAAAUUAUGGACAGUCCUGAGGCACCCUUUAAAAUUAUGGACAGUCUUAAGGCACCCUUUAAAAUUAUGGACAGUCCCAAGGCACCCUUUAAAAUUAUGGACAGUCCCGAGGCACCCUUUAAAAUUAUGGACAGUCUUGAGGGACCCUUUAAAAUUAUGGACAGCCCUGAGGCACCCUUAAAAAUUAUGGACAGUCUUGAGGCACCCUUUAAAAUUAUGGACAGUCUUGAGGCACCCUUUAAAAUUAUGGACAGUUCUGAGGAACCCUUUAAAAUUAUGGACAGUCUUGAGGCACCCUUUAAAAUUAUGGACAGUUCUGAGGAACCCUUUAAAAUUAUGGACAGUCUUGAGGCACCCUUUAAAAUUAUGGACAGCCCUGAGGCACCCUUUAAAAUUAUGGACAGU